AUGCGAGGCCAGGAGAAAAUAUGGAAGGCGGCCCCGCUGCCGCAGGCUUUCCACGCUGCUCUCGAGUCGGGGAACUGGCUGCGUGCGCUUCAGCUUUAUCAGCGUCACCCAUAUCACACCCCACCCGCAGACACAUUUGACCUCUUGAAAGCCAUCAUGCACUACACCGGCGUCGGCGUCGAGGAUGUGAAGGUACGCUUUAAUGAGAAGAUGCGCCUUUCCGCCAGCUUUCAGCGCCGCAAGUCUGAGGAGGUGGAGUGGUCGUUGUUUUGGGAGGCGCUCAACAAGGGCGAUGGUAAGAUGAUCAGCGAUGCUCUGUCGGGGGCUAGCGUGGGUGGUGCCACCCAGCAGAUUGGCAUGGCGGAGGCGUGUGCGGUUCUGCUGAAGGGGGCGGGGAAGGAGUGGCACACGCGCCUCGUGGACGACUUACCCUUUUCCACUGUCACCCGCUGUAGCCUCCUCCACGCCGCCCUCGCAGAAAAGCGCCCCGACGUGGCAGCGGAGAUGCUCAGCCACGCGCGUGUGACCCGCUCUGACUUGAGCAGCUUGUGGCCGCUCAUGGCUCAGUGCACCUGGGAGGAGGUGCUGAGUAUGAUCUCGGCCUGUCCAAAGAACGCCGUUCCCUACAACCAAGCGCUCCCUUUCAUCCUGAGGCAAGGCUGCAGCUUGCAGACACUCUCCGAACAUCUCGAGCACGCCCGGGUCUUGGGGGAUGCCGACGUUGUCGCCCCAUUGCUGGCGUACGCAGUGGAGAUGGAGGACUGGCCGUACGUCGAACGGUGCGUGGGUCAUUUAGUCGACAUUGGCAAAAUCACCCCUUCUGCCCGUGAGGCCUUCGGCCAUUUGUGCAAACUGCAUGGGCCGAAGCGCGUAUGCCAUCGUCUGAUGGAACAUCACGUGGAGCUCUCCAGCAUGACCAUCGAAGACCUGGAGUCCCUCCGGUUUUGA